AUGGCUCACUCGCUGAAAUCAGUGGCAGCAAAGCCUAAGAAAACAAAGUUCAGAAAAACUCGUUCAGCAGCAGAAGAAAAUGUACCAGCUGAAACUUCAACAUCCUCUUCUACUCGGGUCCAUUGGACUGAAGAUCACACCUCAAGCCUAAUUAAGUUUCUGGCUGCACAUAGAUCGGAGGCUGGUGAUGGAAUGAACUUCAAGAUUGGAGUCUUUCAAGCUGCGGCUGCCCAUUUCCUCGAGCCCCCUGAAGGAGUUUCAAAAGAAGGAUGGGUGCCACCUGUUGCAAGAGAUUCUCAUGCUUGCAAGAACAAAUGGGCUGCAGUACGCUCAGUCUGGCUUGCUUGGGACAACAAGCUUGGUGCUGGUAUUGACAGUACAUCAGAGGCAGUAUGGGCUGCAUAUAUCAAGAGGCGCCCUGAUGCUGCACCAUUUCACAAUAAGGGAUGGCCACACUUUGACAAAGUUGAUGCUCUUUUGUCUACCACUGCUUUGAAAGGAACUCAUGCAUUUCAUGCUGCACUCGAGGAGCCUCGCAAGCCAUCACCUAAUCUCGAUUUUCUGAAUGAAGAGGGUCUUCUGCAGCCUGGGCCUGAGGAUGUGUCUCGAGAUCAUCAGGACAUUCUGGAUGAGGGUGAGGAUGAUGAAGACCUUAUCCCUUGGGAAAAGACUCCACCUCGUCGAAGACACACUCCAGCUCCCCUUCUCAAUUCAACUUUCACUCCAGCAUCAAAGAGGCAUCGUUCGAGUGGUGCUGCAGCACUGUUUGCUAUUGCUGAAAAAUUUUUGGACUUCACUGACACAUUUCGCUCAAGUUCUCAACCUCAGUUAUCCUCUCUUGCCCCAUCACCAAUUUGA